GGCCCUGGAGAGACUGUCUACAAGCAUUAGAAGAUGGCCACGAUACAAGCUCCAUCUAUCUUGUAAAACCAGAAAACACAAACCGGCUCAUGCAGGUCUGGUGUGAUCAACGGCAUGACCCUGGUGGCUGGACAGUCAUUCAGAGACGGCUGGAUGGGUCUGUCAACUUUUUCAGGAACUGGGAGACAUACAAGCAAGGAUUUGGUAAUAUAGAUGGAGAAUACUGGCUCGGAUUAGAAAAUAUUUAUUGGUUAACAAAUCAAGGCAACUACAAACUGCUCAUAACAAUGGAAGACUGGUCAGGUCGAAAAGUAUUUGCUGAGUAUGCUAGCUUCAGAUUGGAGCCAGAAAGCGAGUAUUACAAGUUGAGGUUGGGACGCUACAAUGGCAAUGCGGGAGAUUCUUUCACUUGGCACAAUGGUAAACAGUUCACCACACUGGACCGGGACCAUGAUGUAUACACAGGUAAUUGUGCUCAUUACCAGAAGGGAGGAUGGUGGUACAAUGCAUGUGCUCAUUCAAAUCUCAAUGGAGUUUGGUAUCGUGGAGGACACUACCGUAGUCGAUAUCAGGAUGGUGUUUACUGGGCUGAAUUCCGCGGGGGAUCAUAUUCACUAAAGAAAGUUGUUAUGAUGAUAAGACCUAAUCCCAACACAUUCCACUGAAAUAAUUCUUCUCUUGGUUUGCUUUCUUGUUCUAAAAAUCAUGUAAAGCUAUGAUGUUAUUAUCUGGAAUUAUCUUUUCAGAAAUGAGGAAUGUAAGAUAUUGUACAUUUAUUGCUAAGAUGUGAGGGCUUGUAUAUUGUAUUUUCAAGAAUCAUUCCAGGAAAAAAAGCUGAAGAAAAAAAGGAACUGAAAUGACAUAACAUUCAGAACACCUCUUGGUACUAAAAGUAGUUAUAUUAAGCCUUUUAGAACUGGCAGUUUAGAUGGACUGUAGAUAAACUUUCUGGUUUUUAUUCCCUGUAAAUUAAAUUUGGAUGGUAAAAAUACUGCCACAACAUUUAAAUAUUUUUGUAUGUUAUAUUAUGUAUAAAUAUUCUCAAAUACAGGAAAUAUUACAAACUGUACAGCAAGAGUUUUAUUAUUAUUAUGAGCAAUCAUUUGACACAGGAAAUCAUAUCCUUUGAACUGUGUAGCUGGUAUAUGUACAUUAGUGUGAUUAUUCUAAUUUAAUCUUUGUUAACUGCCAUGAAUAAAGUUAGUACUAUAUAAUUUGAUUUUGAGAGCAGAUACUCAAACCAUUACUGUUGUGAUAAAUCCAGUCUUUCCCCUUCACUUUGAGCAUUUUAAUAAUCUGCUCCUAUGAAUCAGAAUUCACAGUUGAUUCAAAUAUUUUAGAU